GAAGUGGAGGAGGAGGAUUCGCAUGCCAGUGAUCCAGCUCUUAAGCGAACCGGUCGAUGCUUCGGUGGGCUAAUUCUGGAUAUUAAACGCAAAGCACCAUGGUACCUCUCCGAUUUCACUGAUUCAUUGAAUUUGCAAUGCGUUGCAACGUUUUGUUUCAUGUAUUUUGCACUACUUGCGCCAAUCGUUACAUUUGGUGGAUUACUCGAGGAAGCAACACAUCAGCGAAUGGUAAGUCAGUUAUCAUAA